AUGACCUCCGAAAUCAUCUUCCAUGACUUGACAUCCCAGAAAUGGCCUUACUCAUGGUCACCAUUCGUUCUCCGCACAACACUUAGUCUGAACUAUCUCGGACUUUCUUACGAGCACCAUGAAGUUUCGUAUCCGGAUAUCGCAAAAACACUCAAAGAUUUGGGUGUGAAUCCCGAGCCCGAAGACGUUGGCAAGGACAUCGAGUACACUCUCCCUGCCAUCUCCAUUGGCGGCGAGACAAUCAUGGGUUCAGGUGCCAUUGCCAAUAAGCUCGCUUCUCUAAAACCAGAAUUCGAGCAGAAGCUGUUUCCUCAAGGCGAAAAAUCAAAAGAAGCGACGAAGAAAUUUGAGAAAGAGGUUUUGGGCAAAGUGGGUAAAGCCAUGGGCGGGAUGGUAAAACAUGUCAUUGCAUUUGUGCCUUUGUUUCUGGACGAGAGGGGCUCUGAGUACUUCUAUGCCACCCGCGAAAAGAAUUUUGGCAGUCUGGAGAAAUUGAGGACACAAGCACUGCAAGAAGAAAAAGAAAAGGGAUGGAGGGAGACAGUCAAGGAUGCUGUCAUGCCCAUGUUGGAGUUCUACAAGGAAUUGGAUGGGGAUGGCGACAGCAAGGGCGUCUUUGCGUUCGGAGGAAAUGAGCCACAGUAUGUCGAUUUCUGCGUUGUCGGCAUUAUUCAGUGGUGGAUUUGUUCUCGAGGUGAAGACAACAUCAUGGCUGCAUUGGAGGAAGCUGGAGAUGGCAGGCUUGCAAAGAUCAUGAGGGGCUGCGAGCAACUGAUGAAGCCUAGAGAAGUAUAG